CGUAUAUGAAAGUGGAAAAAUUAGAGUGACUCCAGAAAAGCAUAAUCAUUUUAUAAUUUAUAUAUUGUAGAAUCUGAACUCCCAAAUUCAGUGGAAGACGAGUCGGUUUCUUGAUUAAACUUUGUUCUCUUUUCUCGAGAAAUUGACGGAACUUUGCAUUCGAGAACAAGAAAGAAAGAAAGACUGGGAAGAAAUUUAUAGAUGGAUUUGGGGGACGGAAACGAGAAAGAGAAACCCAAAAUUGAUCUGAAUUUACCGGUCCAAGAGCCUUUAAGUGGAUUAGGGUUUGAAGAUUCUGUUUCUUUGAAUUACGUUUUCCAUCAGAAACCCAAAAUUGAUCUGGAUUUUCUAGUCCAAGAGUCUUUAAGUGGAUCAGAGUUUGAAGAUUUUAUUGCUUUCAAUUCCGGUUUCCACCAGAAAAAAACGGACUUCGGGUUAGUUGAUAGUAGUGAUCCGGAUAAUUGUUAUGGUGGUAAUAUCUGGAGAAUGGAGAGAGACCCAGGUGUUGAAGGGAGUAAUUCUUCGAGUAAGAGAAGGAGAUUCUCCGUUGAAGAAAAGGCAAAGGCCAAAAUUGAUAAUAGAAUGGAGAAUCAGGAUUUUGAGCAAUACCCAAUUGAAGAAGUAAUUGGAAAGAUAGAUGUAGUCUAUGUAUCCUCUUCAAGUAGUGAUGAGCCAGGAAUGCUAAACAAGGAACUUGUAGAGCUAAAUCUUUUUGUGGAGGAACAUGUUUUGCCUAGAGAAGAAGCUGUGGAGUCGGAUGUGACAAGUCCCUUUUUCAAUGAAACUGAAGAAAUAUCAAGAAUAGAACCCACAAAAAAGCAGCGUUGUAUAGCUAAAAGUGUUGCUCAAAGACUUGCACAUCCUGAACAGCAUCAGCAAGGAACAGGAAUCAAAGAAAGAGCAACAAAAUUGAGUGAAGUUGAUAGCAAAUUAGAUGAUUCUCAAAGUCCAUUUUUUUUGGCAAUGGAAGCAAUCAAGAAGAGGAAUUUUCGUAAGGAAUGGGGGCCUGCAACAAACAAAGGACCCAGAAGGAAUGUUCCUAAACUGUUGGAUCUUAGUCUCAGAGUUCUUGCUAGGAAUGCUGAUAAAAUUGUGUCACUUGAAUUUGUUCCAGACCAUUUAAGGCAUAGGCUUAGUCAAAUGGUUUGUUCUUCUGGAAAAAUGGAUGCACGCUUUGUUGAACUUCUUGCAAGGAAUUCUCCGACUGAAAUACGCGUUAGGGGCGCCUCAAACUUGACAGAAGACGAAUGUACCAAAAUAUUUGGUUCCUGUCAUUUCAAGAACUUGACUGUGCUACAACUUGACCUUUGUGGACUAUGUAUGACUGAUUAUGUAUUGGGUGACACAUUAGCUCUGAAAUUGAACAGCCUUCCUAAACUAGCCACCAUAUCUUUGAGGGGUGCACAUCGUUUAUCUGAUAAUGGGCUAGGUGAGUUUGCUGUUUGUGCACCUGCAUUACAAUCUAUAAAUCUUAGCCAGUGCUCUCUUCUAACAUAUCGUGGCAUCGAAGUUCUAGCUAAUCAUUAUGGAUCUACUUUGAGAGAGCUAUAUAUAGAUGAUUGUCAAAGCAUACACGCCACACGUAUUUUACCAGCAUUGAAGAAAUUCAAGCAUCUAGAAGUGUUGUCAGUAGCAGGUAUUCAGACUGUUAAUGAUGUUUUUGUUAUUAGAAUUGUUGAAGCACAUGGCAUGAAUCUCAAGGAGCUUGUUUUUGCUAAUUGCGAGAGGUUGACUGAUGAAGCACUUAAAUUUGUGGGCAAAUCUUGUCCCAAUUUAUGUGCCAUUGACCUUUCACAUUUGCAUAACUUGACAGAUUCAGCUUUACAAUAUCUAGCAGAUGGUUGUCGAUCAAUUCGCAAACUCACACUUCGCCACAAUGAUUUUAGUGAUGAAGCUAUUGCUGCCUUCUUGGAAGUCUCUGGGAAGUCUCUAAAUGUGCUUUCACUGAAUCACAUCAGCAGGGUCGGUUUCAACACUGCUGAAUCAAUUGCCAAAUGUUCAAGAAACCUGUUGAAUUUGGACUUGUCGUGGUGCCGCAAGUUAACAAAUGAGGCUAUCAGAUGGAUUGUUGACUGCUGCUCAUCACUGAAGGAGCUCAAAAUCUUUGGAUGCACACAGAUUACAGAUGUGUUUGUGAACGGCCACUCCAAUUCUCUGGUGAAUAUCAUUGGAUAUAAGAUGACUUCAAUUUUGGAAACUGUUGAUUUGUUUAGACCUGAAGAACCUCCAUUACGCUAUUCUCCUCUGUUAGAUUUCGCUGAGGAGAAGAAUGGAGAUUCCUCUCAUCCUUAAAUUUUGCUAAUCUCUGCUCCACAUGAAAAAUGCCUCUGUUUCCUAACAUCUAAUAUUCUUCAAAGAUGAAAAAACAAAAAUUACAAAUUGGAGAAUUAGGAAUUUUUGGUUGGAAGGAUCAGGAUUUGGAUUUCCAGUAAAAACUCUUUUCCAGGAUUCAUUUUCUGCUAAUAGCAAAUUAGCAUGUAAUUUAAUUUGUAAGAACUCAUUAUAUCACCUUCAUUGAACAUAAAGAAUCGUACUGGUACUAAAAUUCAA